AAUGCAUUCAAAUAUGACUUAUUUUUUAUUAGUACUUCGAUUGCACUCUGGAAAUAUGUGAACUUGCCCAGAUAGAUUGGAGCUCUUUAUAGUGUUUCUUUGGAAAUGGUAUGUUUUCAAGAUUGAUGUUUAUUUAAAAUAUGAAAACUAAUUUAGUUAGCGCAUCUUAGGUAUCUUACCUAGAAAAGAGUCGAUUGGGCUCUGCAAAGGGAAUGGGCGAUUGGCAUCAAGAGCAAACACAUGAAAAUAGGUUAAGAAAGAGAUGGAGAGACGGAAACAAGGAAAUAAGGAAUAAAACUGGAAAAUUGAUGAAUUGUCCUGUAUCAUAUGUUAGAUUGAUUUUUUCAAAGCGAACGGCAGAUCGGCAGGGCUCACUGUGGGGGUCAAAGAUUAUUUUUUCCGUAAAAAAAAAAUGAUGAAGAACUAAAAUGAAGAUUUAAUGAGAAUGAGGAAAGGCAGUAAAGUGAGUGAAAGAAAUGUAAAGCAGAGCGACCUUUUUGAAAAGCACUGUGUAAUCGACCUUCCCGUAGUAAGUACAUUUACAGUCUACAAUGUUUUAACAUUGACAUUCUAUUGAAAUGGUAUCCAAAUAUGACAUAUUAU